AUGGGCGAGAUAGAUAUCGAGUGUGUGUUAAAGAAGAGGGAGAGAGUGAACGAAACCAGAGCCUUAGAUAGUAUCCGCGUGCAAGCCACCUCUGAGUCCAAUCAAGACACCACACCGCCAUCUGCCUCCAUCCGGCGCCGCGCCACGCGCGCGCCAACUUCCCAAUGCCACAAGUCCCUCUGGACCGCUGACCCUUUACUAAUUUCCCACAACAGUAUCAUAGUACGAGCGACGAAGUGGUACCUUACGACUCUGCCCUGAAGACGGCUCAAUCGUGGUGCCGCAACGGCGCCAAGAUCAACUUUGUCACCGAGAAAGGUUUUUUUGGAGGUCACCUCGGAACCCAGAUCUCUUACGGGUCGAUAGCCUAUUCUUGGCUCUACAACCAGCUCCGUGGAACCAUGGCACCGCUCACCGAAUGCACAUUCACCUCAGAAAUGCAUCUUGAGCUUCCCAUCAGGGCUCGAGCCGUAGCCAGCGUCAGGGCAGAAUCGACGAAUCGGACGGUGGAACGGGUCCUCGGUUGA